GGGAAGAGAGGCCGCCGAGACUUUGAAAAAUAAUAUGAAGUAUAUAUAGAAUUAUUUCUGCAAACCAAAAGAAGAAAUGUGAUAUAUUUUGCUGAUAUUGAGAAAGAAGAAUCAGCAUAAAAUCCCUGCAUACAAUACUAGCUAAGAACUCCUGGGUUUUGAUAGUUGCUAUUAUAUUUUAAAAACCUUUCCCCAAAUGAUAUUGCAUUCAAAGUUAAAAGGGAGAUGAAUAUUACAAAGAUGAUCAAUCAGUAUUUUCACAGUUCUUCAGAUUACAUUAACUUUAUUCACUGGAGUUUCUGAUAUUUUUAUGCUCUAUUUUGACUUCAGAUUUUAAAAAACUAUUUUCAUAAACCAAAUAGAGCAUAACAACGUUAUCUAAGUGCAAGCUCAAGACUUGGAAGCAUGAUCACAGUGCCAUACUUUUUUUAAAGUCGAUUGUCUGAAUCUGCCUUGUUCUGCUCAGCUUCCUUACAUUUUACUUUAUAAAUCUGUAUUUAUUUCCUAAAUAAUGGCAUGGGCAAAAUUCUUGAGAAAACCUGGAGGAAAUCUUGGAAAAGUAUAUCAGCCUGGAAGUGUGAUGUCCCUGGCUCCCACGAAAGGCUUAUUAAAUGAACCAGGACAAAACAGUUGUUUUCUUAACAGUGCUGUACAGGUUUUAUGGCAACUUGAUAUAUUCCGUCGAAGUUUAAGAGGUCUCACAGGACAUGUUUGUCAAGGUGAUGCCUGCAUAUUUUGUGCUUUGAAGACAAUAUUUUCCCAAUUCCAACACAGUCGAGAAAAAGCUCUCCCAUCAAAUAACAUGAGACAUGCCUUGGCUGAAAGUUUUAAAGAAGAACAGCGAUUUCAGCUUGGUUUAAUGGAUGAUGCAGCAGAAUGUUUUGAGAAUAUCCUUGAGAGGAUUCACUAUCACAUAGUACCAAGCAAUGGAACAGAUAUGUGUACUUCUAAAUCCUGCAUAACACAUCAAAAGUUUGCUAUGACAUUAUAUGAACAGUGUGUAUGUUGUACUUGUGGGGCAUCUUCAGACCCUUUGCCUUUUACAGAAUUUGUGCGUUACAUUUCAACAACAGCAUUAUGCAAUGAAAUUGAUAGAAUGGUGGAAAGGAAUGAACGAUUCAAACCAGAAAUGUUUGCUGAACUGCUUCAGACUGCAAAUACUACGGAUGACUUCAGGAAUUGUCCUAGCAACUGUGGCCAAAAAAUUAAAAUCCGUCGUGUUCUAAUGAAUUGUCCAGAAAUUGUUACAAUUGGAUUAGUCUGGGAUUCUGAACAUUCUGAUCUGCCAGAAGAUGUCAUCCGGAAUCUGGCCACACAACUUUAUCUUCCAGGGUUGUUUUAUAGGGUUACUGAUGAACAUGCCAAAAACAGUGAGCUUUUUCUUGUGGGGAUGAUAUGCUAUGCAAGCAGACACUAUUGUGCCUUUGCCUUUCAUACCAAGAGUUGUAAAUGGGUGUUAUUUGAUGAUGCUAAUGUUAAAGAGGUUGGAACAAAAUGGAAAGAUGUGGUGUCCAAGUGCAUUCGGUGUCACUUUCAGCCAUUACUACUAUUUUAUGCAAACCCAGAUGGUACACCAGUAUCAACAGAAGAUGCACUUCGGCAUAUAAUUCACUGGUCACAUUAUAAAGCCUCUACAGGCAAUGGAGAAGAACUUGGGUUUGAGAAAUCUACUUUUUUUAAAUCAGAUUGUGUAAAGGAGAAUGGAUUUGAAGAAACUGUUAACCAGAAGAGUAAAAAAAGUCAGCUAGAAAACUCUGCCUUUGCUCGGAACUCUACUCAACCUACUGGUGUCAGAGGGUCAGGUAAAUUGGGACAUAAUGAGCAUAGGGAAAAAGCAAAAGACAUUUCCAGAGAGUGUGCUCAGAAGGCAGCUGAGAUGAAAAGCUAUCCAUCAUCAUUGAGAAAGGAUCCUGACAGAGGAUCAAGGAGAGAAUCUGGAAAACAAAAAGAUCUAUCUGGAGAAACACACACUAAUUUUAAGCCAGGAUCACCACCUUCUGGAACUGGAUUUAGGCAUCAUUCUAAUGAACGUCUAUAUGGUAGUCAUGGGAGAGGACAUUAUAGACAUGAAAAGAUGCACAAUCAAAUUAGACCUACUGUACAGAUGUUCAGCUCAAAUAAAACAGAAAGUGUUUCUGAUGGAGAGAAGAUGAACCGCAUAAAAACUGACAGCACGGCUGGUUAUGAAACAGAUAGUAGCCAAGAUUCCAAAGACAAAGGAAGUGUCAGUAGCAGCAGAAGUCGAAGCAGAGGUUGGAAACCCAUGCGAGAAACACUGAAUGUAGAUAGCAUCUUUAUUGAGUCUGAGAAAAAAGAGUAUAGCUCAAAAUCCAAGCUAAAUGCAAGCAAUAAACCCAAACAUGAAAAGGAGCAGAGUUCAGUCAACUGCCCCAAAGAAAAUCAGAGUCAGAAAGGUCUGAUGACUAUCUAUGAAGAUGAAGCAAAACAAGCAGGAAGCCAGAAUUCAUUGGAUUUGGAAAGGAAAGGAAAUAGAGAAAAAACCACAGGAUUUAUAGAGAGAAAGGUUCAUAGUGAUAAUUGGCAAGUACAAAGGACUGAAUCUGGCUAUGAAAGCAGCGAUCAUAUUAGCAAUGCAUCUGCUAACUUGGAUUCACCAGUUACUGAAGGAACCAGCCCUGUUGAUACCAACACUCUGAAAGAAAAUAUUUCCUGCAGUGAUCAAAACUUAUCAGUCAGAUAUUCUGGAAAUAUCUUGCAGUCUUCCUCCCACCAGAACAAAAACUCUUUGGAAGCACUGAAGAAAGGUCAGGUUAACACACAUAUUAACUACAAGCCACAUAACUUAUCAUCAACUUCUCAUCUGCAGAUAAACAGGACUGAUGUACCAGAUUGCAAUAAGAAGUCUUUACCUUCAUUAACAGUGCAAACAGCUUUAAAAGAUCACAUUGAAAAAGAAAUGAAAAACAGUACAAUAAGUGAGCAAUGCUCUAUGCCAGGGUCCAGUGAAGAUGUACCUACUGAGACAAACAUCUGUAGUGCUGACAGUUCAGUUUCUUCUUAUAUUGGAGAGAAUGGAACCACGUCUGAAAGAGUUCAAAAUAACUGUGAAUCUUUAUCUACCCAUUUGCAAGUCCUCUGUCCAGUAUCUCAUACAAGGACAGUUAGAUCCAUGCCUACUCUUGCAUUUUUUUUACAACAGAAUAAACCGAAGCCUUGCUAUUCUGAAUCUCCUCCAUCCACUGGACAUAAAGUUAGCACAUACAGUAACAAGUAUGAUGAUGCAACAGAAGCAAUUUACCAAAAUCUACCACCACCUUUACCACCAAAGAAAUAUGCUCUGGCUCAUUUGCAUGGUAUAGAACAAGAAUCCACUGUGGAUUUAAACUCAACAGAAGUAAUGUGCACAAAUCCUCCAAAAAUUGAAAGGCAUGUUGCAGGUACUACUUCAAAAAGUAUACCAGAAGCAAGUUCAUUUGCGGAUGAAGAAAGACUUAAAGCAUUUCAUUUGAAUGAGUCCUCUAAGACAAGCUUUUCACCAAGUUUAUUAGGAAGUGAUUUAUGGGCUGUAUCCAGUAAUCCUUCAAACAAAAGGACUUGUCUUAUAGAACCAAAUGCUAGUUCCCUGGAUGCCAAUGCAAAUGAUGUUGUAUCGCUUACUACUUAUUUCUCAGUUGAUAACUGUAUGACCGAUACUUAUAGGAUUAAAUACCACCAGAGACCAAAACUGUAUUUUGCAGAUACUUGUGGGUUAAACAAAGAGAGAUCUUUGUCACCCACUGGAAUGCAGUUGGACACUGUAUACCACCACACUUCUGAAUCAAAGCAUCCCAUAGGACAGCAGAAACAUAAAUCUAGUACUGGAAAUGUGUAAUGCACUUUCAAGCUUGCUAUGUAA